AUCAAAAUAUAAAAGAAUAUGAGUCUUUAAUGAUUAAGCAGGUGCAUUACUGGUGGUCAAAAAUGGCACAAGCAGAAUAUCGAUCUUCUGAUAAUGAGCUCGCUUCUGUAAGAUUAUUUCUUCAAAACCAAAAACAAGAAUUUCUUUUUUUUAAGGAAUAUGUAUUUGCUUUUGUAACUGCAUUUUUUGAUAUUUUGCUAUUAGCCAAUUUAAUGGAAUUUAUGGUAGACGCGGCGUAUAAUACCAAUAAGAGUAAAUAUGAAUUAUAUGGGGCUAUGGUGAUUAUUAAUG